AUGGUCGAGUACUAUGAAGCUCUGGGUCUCCCCCAGAAUGCUUCCUUGGAUGACAUUAAAAAAGCGUAAGUGCCUCUUCCCCAUGUCCACCCCAUUACCAUCUUCCAUCUUCUUAAGAGAGAUGUUGCCCUCACAGUCUCUCAGCCAAUAUGGGGUCUGGAGGGUAGUUAUUAAAUUACCUUUCAUCUCUUGCUAUACUUUUGGUGUCAAGGAAGGAAGAGAUGGUUGGGCUCUAGCAUGAUAGGUGCCGGUUAUUUCCCCCCCCUAGAGAUCAGGCAUCUGUUUAGGCAUAGUCUGGGGAGGUUGCAACAUAUAACUGAUUAAUCAGCUAGAGCAAAUCAACAGCAGCAGCAACAAAAAUGAUCGAUGAAAAGGAUGCCCUGCUAAAUCAAGCAGCAGUCCCCCCCCCAAAGUAGUUUUUUUUUAAUAAAAAAACCCGCAACUUAAAAAAACAACAACACACUGUAAAUUUCAACCUCCAUGAAAGAAAGAUUCUCCUUCCUGCAUUGCAAAUCCUUUACUGAGCAGGAGGUUGGACUGGAUGACCAGAUUCCAUUGUUCUGGGAUUCUCUUACACAAAGGAUAAUGGACCUUUUCUAAAAGGAUGCCUACUGCAAUGUUCACGUACCUCACCUGAAUAGGCUGAGAGUUCCUUUAAUUAGGCAAUAGCACUAGUACCCUGGUUCUAUCUCUCACCAUUAAAAUUUGAUACAAGGUUCACUAGGGUUUAGACUCAGAACCUGUUCCAAUGUCAGGGCUCAAACCUUAUGCCAGGGUUCAGUUCCUGGCACACCUCCUAAACCUUGCCACCACUCCUUAUACCAUCCCAGCCAGCAUUUUCUACAUGAAGCAGCUGCUUCACUCUGCUGAAUUCCUUAGCCCAAACAUGCAUUUGGAAACCAUGCUUCUUAAUAUAUUACCACAAGAAAGAAUAAUACCACUGAAUAUUCAUAUUUUGCUACCCUUGUACUACAGAAUCUACUGCUGGACCGUUAUAUUAUUAGGUUGCCUCACUGUCUGAUAAUCGGGCUGGUUCCCUGACUCUUCUUGUAUGAGAGGCUUGCUGAGGGGAGGUUUUUGUUAUUUUUAGUGUGUCUGUAUUUGUUGUAUAUAUAAUAAAACUCCGUCAAACAGCAUAUAAUUUUUCAGGAUCCUCCAAGCAUUUGCCAGCAUGUAAUUUAUGAGGUCCCCCCCCCCCCCAGCUAACACGACCCUUAAGGUUUUCCAUUUGGGGGGCAAUUAAGUUCUGGCAGCCACCAAGAUCCAUGUCAAGAGUUCCUUUCAGCUGAUCGUCCCACAGAAUCUGUGGUGACGUUGGAAUGGGAUAGCUGACUAUUUGGUCAUUUCUUGACACAUCAGAAUUUGAAUACCUGUAGGAAGUCUUAGCACAGGUGCGAAAAGGUGUCUCCCCACAACAAUUCUGAGAAGAUUGUGAUGUCAUGUGGGCAAUUCGCCCUGGUGUGUGGUGCCAUCUAUACGGGAGUUUCAUAGAAGACUCCCUCACACAAGCUGAGACAGACUGGUAUGGUUUGGAUGGCCGUAGCGCAUGCCAUGAAGUAAUGAGAAGCUUGCUGAGGGAAAGUCGAAGUCUUUUUUGCUUCUGGAAGAAAUGGAGACUAGGGACAGGAGUCUGCUCCCUUCCUCGCCCUGGUGUCAGGAAAAAUAUGGCUAACCAUACACAAAUCUGUAGUUGUAGAAAUGGUCACAGGGAUACUGACUUUUAUCAUCCAUUGUGUUUUCUGGGGGACCAUAAAGAUACAGGAAGAAAGCUCUAAAGUGGCACCCAGAUAAAAACACAGAAAACAAGCAAUUUGCAGAACAGAGAUUCAAGGAGAUUUCAGAAGCCUAUCAAGUACUUUCAGACAGUAAGUAUUCAACCUCUCAUGAACCCCCUUCAUCACUGCCUCUUGUGCAGCACUUCUCCUCCUGCUGAUCAGACCUUUACCAGUCACAUGUUUUCUAUGCAAGUAUGUGGUAGAGCAAAGAUUGGGAUUUUGCUUAAAACAAGAAAUCCAAGCAAAUUCAUUUGAUGAUUUGGAUGCCAAAAUGGGAAAGCAAAACCACUUGACACACUGCUGCACCUACUGGGGACUAAGUGUAGCAAUUUGUGGGGGCUUCCCCACCCCAGAGCUUUCCUCACAAAAUCCUGCUCUUUAGCACUCAGUUGGAGCAAACGUCAAUUUGGGUUUUAAGCAGAUUGCUGUUUGCUCCGAUUGAGCUUUAAAGAGUGGAUUCAGAGCAAAAAAAAGGAGAGUGCUCAGACACGAAGCUUUAAAGCAUGGACUGUGCCUGGAAAGAGCGGAAGAAAGGUAAGUGUAGAUAAGCCCUCAGUGCAUCAUUUAAAGGAGAGACCUGGAAGAAAAGGACACAAAAAGGCUCAAAAGAUGUGCAAACUGUACCAAAGGUUUGCAGUAUAUUCUGGCACCUGUUACAUGCAAAAUGCUAACACAGACAGGCAGACCCCACUAACUACAGGCCUUUCCUCACUCAUUAUCCUUGGCACGUUCAUAUAGGUCCUUAAUGCUACCUUAUACAAUGCACAGGCACCCCCCCCAAAGGACUUAGUGUGAUUUCAUGCGUUGAGCUGCCCUCAUGCUGUGGUGGCCGUUGUUUCCCCCUUACCUGUGAAGGGUGUCUGUGUGAAGUGGCCUUCAGAGCUUUCAGAAAUUGUAUGUGAUCAGUGUGCCCCCCCUUCUUUAUUGGCCUCUGUUAGAGACUUGACACACUGCUGGCUGAAAAUGCCUUCUCUGCUGUAGAAGGUUGAUUGUAACUAAUUCCACCGUUUAACCUGACCCUGCUAGUAUCUCUUGUUCAGUUCAGGGAAGCUUAUAUUGACCACCCAUACCUUAAAAUGUCAAUAAUUCACCAAGGACCUGAUUGCUGCAUUGAAUAUCCUCAGUUGAUGCUAAAAUCCUCUGGGCUCAGGUGGUGGUUGGUUAUCACACUCUCUAUAGUCUGAUGACCCUGUUCAAUAUACCAUUACCUAGUGGCAUAGUCUAUUUUGCCAUGGUUAAUCUGUCCUGGCUAUUUUGUGGCAAACAUGCAUUUUCAAGUUUCAAACUAUAUGCUAUCCUGGGAAGAACACUGGCAGAAGCAGGGCUCCUCCAAAUGGACUAUUUAUUGAGCAUCCAUCCAGAUUUGCUUGCACAAAGCCUACACAGUGGUUAGACUAUGUCUGGUCUUUAUUGAGCAUUUGUUCCAAUUUGUUUAUGGGACAGUUAUAUGACAAUUCUGCCCAUUCAUCAUUUGAUACACCUGUCCAUUCACCCUUUGUUCAUCUCAUGCUUUUCAAUGCAAUUCCCCAUCACUUUCCUAACUGCAAAAAGUCAGUGUUUUUCUCAAGUGGAUUUGUUGUGCUGGUAGAGCGAUGGAGCCUUUCAUCUUUUUUAAUCACACAAACCUAAAGUUCUCGUAUGUGCUUGAAUUCCUCCUGUGAAAUGCUGACAGCCUAUAUGUGCUUACAGUGGUUUCCGCUUCCAGAUGAUGCACCUGUUAUUCAAGAUCCAGCAUGGCAUGCCAGACUGCUGUUAGAAACCACUGUCUCUGAGAUCGGAUGGUGGGUUGGUUGACUUCUUAUUCUUUCUCCCUUUCAGAGAACAAACGUGACAUCUAUGACCGCUGGGGUAAGGAUGGGCUACUGGGAAGAGGUAAGUGAGAGACAGUCCAGGAAAAAUCUUCUCCAUCACAGAAGAUAAGAUGACUCAAGCAACACAUUUAACCUAGUUCCAUGGUUCUUUACUUUGUAAAAGAUAUUGUGUGUUGGUAACUGUGAAAGUUAGCUGUGGGAAUGUUUUGGUUUUAUAUUUUUUUUAAAACACCAUUGUUUUUAAUGUUUUGUUGUUUGCUGCCCUGGGCACCUUUGGGAGGAAGAGUGGGAUAAAAAUGGUAUAAAUUUAUUUACUCACUUUAAAGCAGCCUGGGAUAGAUUGCGUCUGAGGAGAGAUUACUGUAAGGUUCUUGUGCCUUUCUCCUCAUGGCAAAGUCUGUAUUAUGUGUGUGAGGGACGCGGGUGGCGCUGUGGGUUAAACCACAGAACCUAGGACUUGCUGAUCAGAAGGGCGGCAGUUUGAAUCCCCACGACGGAGUGAGCUCCCAUUGCUUGGUCCCUGCUCCUGCCAACCCAGCAGUUCAAAAGCACAUCAAAGUGCAAGUACAUAAAUAGGCACCACUCCAGUGGGAAGGUAAACGGUGUUUCCGUGCACUGCUCUGGUUCGUCAGAAGCGGCUUAGUCAUGCUGGCCACAUGACCUGGAAGCUGUAUGCCAGCUCCCUCGGCCAAUAAAGUGAGAUGAGCGCCGCAACCCCAGAGUCGGCCACGACUGGACCUAAUGGUCAGGGGUCCCUUUACCUUUUUAUUAUGUGUGUGUAUGGUUUUGAGCUGGUAAAUAACAGAAGAGGAAAGGGCAAAGUAGCCUCUCUCUCUCUCUCCACGUGCCAUUCGUCCCAGAUUGCUUUGGGUUAAGAAAGAAAAAAAUGGAGGAAAUGGUCACACAACUUCACUCAACAUGUAGAUUACACCUGGUAUUCUUGUCAAGAGAAAAUUAAACUAUCAGUGUGGUAAGAACUUGCUGCAGGGUGAGGGUGAAAGAUCUCUACACAGUCUCAUUUGGGGUGGACAUUGGUCAGUCACAGGGCAAUUAAAAGCUACCACUUAUAUUUGGCCACAGGAUUAACAGAGUGAUAUCCAGAAUGUGCAAUGUGUAAAGAAUAGAUAAGGCGUUUUUACCCAAACAUUUGCCGUUUUAGUACUGGGGACAAAUGUCAAAUAAUGUCAGUGUAAGUUCUGUUCCUUUAGUUUCUGAAUUGGAAUUUAGAUGACCAUGAGCAAAUCUGUAUAGUGUAGUACUGGAUUCAGCUUUGAAUAUAUUUGUCUCUGGUUCCACCCAGAACAUUGGGUCUAUUCAGAAGCCCAGUGCUUACAUACCUGGGGCACAAUUUCAGAAUUCUAUUGGUUUCAGUAGGAGAACAAAGCAUGUGAUUCAUUCUCUCCCAUUGAAAUUAGCAUUGGCUGGAUUGUACCCUUACUUUGUGUUUCUAUAAAUCAGGGGUGGGUAACUUGUAGCCCUUGGUUAGACUCCAGUUACCAUUGCCCAUAGCAAAUAUGGUCUGGGAUUAUGGGAGUUGUAGUUCAGCAACAUCUGAAGGGACACAAGUUCGCCACCCCAACAUUCAAUUAUACUGUCCUGACUGUACUUGCUCAUGGUGAGCUCAUCUACUGAGGUUCAAAGGGGGCUGUAUACAGCAAUGCCCUAUAACAAUCUUCAUCCUUCUGGGCUUUUGCAAUCUGGUUCCAGGACACCUAGCUAUGGGGAAAGGAAUUUCUAUUUUGACAACUUCCAGGUCCUGUGUCCCACAUCCCAUCACCUCAUCAAAUAACCAGAAUACCUGGCUUUGACAUAUCUUUCCUUUUAACUUUUUCAGGUAGACCUGGGGCAUCAUCUAGGACCAACAUGAGCCCUGAUUAUAUGUUCCACUUCCGCAGUGCCCAUGAUGUCUUCAGGGACUUCUUUGGAGGACGGGACCCUUUCUUUGGUAAGUGGUGAUUCCUCUCAGAGGCCUGGAAGGUACCUAAAAGUCAGUUGGUCUAACUCCCUGCCUGUCAACUCACAUAAUCUCUCUGGCCUACAACCUGCCACAAGGAAAGAAGGAGUGCUAUAUAAGAGGUGUUUCUGGAGAAAUAGUUUCAGGUGACUCAAGAGAGAGAGCCAAGACACACAUGGUAGAACCAGGCAAAAUAAAAAUCUCACUCCAAGUAACCAGCUGUCAAGGCUGGAGACAGAGGCAGGUCAUCACUAAAAUAAUCAGAUGUCUGUUUUCAGUGAAGUUGACUCUUUAUUCAAGGAAAUGAACAUACACUUGGCCUAGUGGCCUCAGCAACACCAGUGGGUCUUGUCCCUAUGCAGCAGUUACCAGGAUGGAAGGUUCACCCUUUCUAUGGCUCUUCCUCUCCUGGAUGUUUCCCAAGCCAUCUCAAACUGCCUGAUGGGAAAACUACUCCAAAAGCCAGGCCCAGGAGAGCUGAAGGUCCACUGAAGUAUCUACUGUGUUCCUACCUGUGUAUCUCUUGGCUCUCAUCUCAAGUACUUGAGGCCUGAUGUUGCCAUCUUGAUUUUCAGGAGAUGCAAUGCCAUUUGGUGCAUGUGCUGGUGGAGGAAAUGGGUUCUGCUUCUACUCUUCAUCAACGAAUUUCGUCAACGGCAAACAGAUCACAACCAAAAGGUGAGGGUGGGCCAGUGGACAGCCAUGACUGAACCAUUGCAGCUUUCACUCACUAAGUCACAUGGUUUUCUUAGGGUGACCAGUUUCCUCACUAGAACUGUUCCUGUGCCUUGAACAGCAACUUGACAGGUAUCCAUGUGUCAGUCUGUUCUUGAAGGUUCUUGAAUAGGACAAAUAAAACGCUGGCAAGCAUUGGCACUCAGGGAAGAGAACAAGAAGAUCUAUUGUGGGUUGUAGCAGGAGGAGGAGAAGGGGCAAGCCAUAGCAAGGGCAGGUGUCAGGGUAGAUAUCAUUGGGCUACCGCCAAGGCCCACAUCCCUUCUGGGGUCCCAUUGCCCAGUCUCUGGAGCCACUGAGGCCUGCUCGUCUUCCUUGCUAUUGCGGCCUCUUCACUAGCCCCUUUACAAGUAUGCUGUGACAGGAGCAAGGAGAUGGAACAGCAGCUUCCUCUUGACCAUGUUUUCCCAUACUUGGGUCUCCAGCUGUUUUUAGACUACAAUUCCCACCACUGUUCCUGCUAGCUAGAGAUGAUGGAAGUUAUAGUUAAAAAACAACUGGAGAGCCAAGUUUCGGAAACUCUGCUGUGGACAAAUGAUCAGGGUGGGCCCAGAAAGGAGAAGGAAGUGGGCAACAGUGCCUUGGUGAGGAGAGGGGCUCACUGAGGGCCCCUUGCCCAAGGGGUCACCAGAACCUGGAGCCAGCACUCAUUACAGACUUAUGGGCUGUAUAAACCCAGCCUGUGAAUUAGGAGAGUGCAGAAUUCAAAUCUGACUUUUCACUGUUGUAAUUCUUCCUUUUGACCAUCAUUACCAUAUUAAUUAUGUGCAUUGUUUCUUUUUUUAAAAAAAAUACUAUGCAACUGCUUGUUUUUAGAGUGAGAGAUAUAUUUAACAACUUCUGAGAGGUAAUGAUAUGAAUAUUAAUUAACUGCCCAGGUUCAGAUUUGAUUUCUGUUCUUGAAGACAGGAUGUUUAUGGUGUGUGGGGGUGUGUGUGUGUGUAUGACAUACAAACACAAAAAAAAUGUACCUGUUUCAUUUUAAUACAUAAUUCUUGUACAACCCAUUUAGCCAUACAUUCAGAUCUUUUUAUUUUAGAGCUGUGUUACAUACAUUGAAAUUGAUUUUAAUAUAAAAGAAAAAUAAUUAAAAAGGUACAUAAAAUAUAGUAUAAACUUAUAAAUUACACUUAUAAAAGAUAACAGCAUUUAUUGGCAUUUUACUUCUAGGCCACAUCUGGGAAAAGUAACAUCACAUAUGUAGCCAGGUUUUUAGUCACACAAAACUUUCUUAGAUGUGAAAGGAGCUGACUCUCCCACCAAGGUUCACUUCUUCCUACAACCAGUUGUCAGCUUAUAGGGCAGGGAUGGAGAAUCAGUGGCCCACCAGAUGUUGUUAGACUCCAUCCUCAUCAGCCCCAGCCAACAUGGCCAAUGGUUAUUGCUGGUGGUUGCAGUUCAGCAUCAUCUGGAGGGUACCAUUUCUCAUCCCUGGUUUGGGAGGCCAAUUGGAUUUGAUUAACCCAGAAGGAGUUUGGCUUUCUCCUCUGCUGGCAGAGUAACUUAUUCAGCAUUUCUCUCCUUCCCAGGAUUGUUGAGGAUGGACAGGAGCGAGUAGAAGUUGAAGAAGAUGGAGAGCUUAAAUCUGUUCUUGUUAAUGGUAAGGUUCAGAAGUAGAGAAUGGGACUUUUUAAGAAAGCUUCAGGUCCCGUGUGGGGCAGAUGUAUCUGUGGGUGCCCCAGUGCUCACAGCCACCAUGUUAUGGAAAGCAGAUUUAAGCUAUGCAGAGAGACACAGACAAGAUAGUCUAGCAGUUUCAUGGAUGUGAUGUCCGAUCCUAGUACCUUGUUUGGCACUGAUAUAUCUAACCCAGUGGUUUUCAACCAGUGUGCUGUGGCACUCUGGGGUGCCUUGGAUGAUGGUCAGGGGUGCCACAGGCAACACUGGCCUCUGUCCCUCUUUCCUUCCCUUCCUCCUCUGAUGCUCUCUCGCAUCUCUGCCUGCCAAAGGCUUCCACAGCUGUUUAUUGCAGCAGCCCUGGGCAGUGGCGAGGCUACUACCAGGAGCGGAGUACAUCCGGGGGUGUGGCUGGCGUGCAUCCCAGGGGGUGUGGCGUGCCGCCCGUGGGGGGCAUGGCGCUCGUCGGGGGGUGCAUGGCAUGGGGUGCGCCUCCUGGGGUGUGCACGGUGAAUGAUGCGCGUCCCAGGGGUGCGCGGUGAGUGGCGAGUGCCCUGGGGGCGCGCCGGCUGCGAUAUCACCCCCAGGAUGGCACCCAGGGCGGACCGCCCCCCCGCUCGCCUUCGUCUGCCAGUGGCCCUGGGUAUUGGCUCCGCAGGCAAAUGGUGCCUCUGGGAGGCACCUCCCUUUGGGAUGGGGUGCAACUCAGAGACCAGGGACAGCAGCAGCAGCUGCCCAGAGGACAGGAGAGGAGAGGAGACUGGGGAACACUCAGUGUAGUUGGUUAAGAGAGCCAUGGACUCAAAAAGGUUGAAAACCUCUGGUCUAACCUGCCUCGCCCUUUCUUGCAGGUGUGCCCACUGAGAGAGCAUCCAUUAGAGAAGCUGGGGGACAUCAUGGUGAGCCCAACAGAUACAGGUCCGCACCUCAGUUCGGCUACCAUGAUGACUCCGAUUCUGAACCCAUCUAUGAGGUGCGCACCAUCAGGCAUGCGUUCCCCAACCAAAGGAAUAAAGGCUACAGAGCAGGAAAUAUGUCCCCUGCAGAAGACACAGAUAGCGAGUCUCAUGAUGAGUUCCAGACUGAGGAUGACGAUGAAUCCCAUAUCCCUGAGUUCUAG